AUGGCGACGACAACGAUUGAGCUCGAGCCCGUGCAGGUCCAUGGCUCCCACGACCUCUCUGCCAACCCAUCAAAGCCAUCUUCACCCCGUCUUGCCCCAACCGAACAUCGAACCCAGGCAAUUGGCGAGGAGGAACCUCAAGGCCUCAGUCGUGGGACGAAACUCAAGUUGCUGGCGGCCGGCGUUUCUUUCUUCGUCUCAGGUACCAACGAUGGAAGCAUUGGUGCCCUAGUACCAUACUUCAUCCGCGACUACGAGCUCAGCACAGCCGUCGCCUCUAUCGUUUACGGCGCCAACUUCCUCGGAUGGCUCUUCGCGGCCUUCACAAACACGUACUUGACCCAACGGUUCGGCCUAGGGGGUCUUCUCGUUUUUGGCGCAGCUCUCCAGGUCGUGGCCCAUGCCCUGCGUUCCUGGAAACCUCCGUUCCCCUUCUUUUGCAUCACAUUCGCCGUCGUCUGCCUCGGACAGGCCUAUCAGGAUACCGGCUGCAACACAUACGUGGCCGGCGCGAAGGGUGCCCAUCGAUGGCUUGCCUUCAUCCACGCCAUGUACAUGGCCGGCUGCUUUGUCGCCCCCUUUAUAGCCACCGCCGUUGCCUCUGCCGGCACGACGUCGUACUGGUAUCUCUACUAUACCUUUCCGCUGGCUCUUGGCGUAGGAAACCUGGCACUCACAUGCUAUGCCUUCCGGGACACGAUACACUUCCGAGGCAGACCUCGCUCGGGUGCGAACAACAUGCCAAACGCCGAGGCUGGAAGCACAAGCGAGCCUACAAAGGGAGCAGCUCAGCUGGUCAAGGAGACACUCUCCAACAAGUCCGUCUGGGUCAUCAGUGCCUUCUUCUUCUUCUACAUUGGCGGCGUCCUGACGGCUGUCGGCUGGAUCGUCGAGUUCCUGGUGGAGGUCCGUGAUGGCAACCUGGCCCACAUGGGUUACGUCCCCGCUGGCUUUAGCGGCGGUGGUCUGCUCGGCCGGAUUCUGCUCGCAGAGCCAACAUUCAGGCUUGGAGAGCGCAGGAUGGUGUUCAUCUACUGCGUCCUGGCUCUUGGGUUCCAGCUGGUGUUUUGGCUGGUGCCGCACAUUGUUGCUGCUUCGGUGGCUGUCAGUUUGGUUGGUUUCUUUACAGGACCAUUGUUUGCGACCGGCAUUUCCAUCGGGUCGAAGCUCUUCCCCUACGAAAUCCAGUCAACGGCCCUCUCCUUCAUCUUCCUCUUUGCACAGAUGGGCGGUGCGUUCUUUCCCAUCAUCACAGGUGCAUUGGCUUUACGGUACAGCGUUGGUGUUCUGCAGCCCAUGCUGGUUGCUCUCUUCGCGUGCAUGACGAUUUCUUGGGUCUUGAUCCCCAGAGUGAAGCAGAGCAGCAAUACUGGUCUUCAUCACGAAUAA